CACCUAUAAAUGAAAUUUCUACUUCAUGGCAAGCUUAUUCAAAUGAAUUUCUAAUUUUGAGUAAUAUAGCUCGAGAUUAUCUAAUAAUACAAGCUACAAGUAUUACAUUAGAGCAAGCAUUUUUAAUUACAGAAAAUGUGAUUACAAAAUUACCAGAAAUAUCAAGAGCUUGUUUGUGUGUAAAGAGUUGGAUGGAUAAAAAUUUAGUAAAUUAA